UCUUAUACCUUAGUCAAUUAUAUUCAGCGACAAAUCAACAAAAAGAAGAUUUUUACAAAACAUCUGCAAUAUCAGAGAAACGUACAAACCUUAGCUAUGCAUAUCGACAAGUUUCCUGUGACUCUUCUAAUUGCCGUCUAUUACCUUGUUGCUCCGCCGCCAACAAUGGCAGGCUGUGGUGUAAAUUUUGAAAAGAUGAAAACCAGACGAAUAGAAGCCAUAAGAGGGCAAAUACUUAGCAAGUUAGGCUUCACACAGUUACCUCGCGAUGAUAAACCACCGGGACAAAUUCCGGAGGAAGUGCAGGCAAUGUACAAUCGCACCCGGGACUUUGUCGAAGAGCAAGCGCGCUUACGGCGGCUGGAAUGCGAAGAACAUGAUGUGGAUUAUUAUGCACAAGAAAUUGUCACAGUUUAUUCUAACAAAGAAGCGUCAGGUUCGCCAGAAGUGGAUUUCUACAAAAAUCGAAAGCUUUCCAGACAGAUUUCAGAAUUUUUUGAAUUCGAUCUUGAACCAUUCAAACUUGAUACUGAAGCUAUCACCAGUGCAACUCUCAGGUUUUAUCAAAUUCCAAACCCGGUAUCAGAAAGUGGAAUUACACAACAGGUUGAUCUUCACCAAUUAACUUUGCCGGGAAAGGAAGGUCACUCACCCGGCAGACAUUUCUUGACUAUGCGAUUGAUGGAUACGAUUGGAAGUGGAUGGCAAUCGUUUGAUGUAACCACUACGAUACGUGAAUGGGCAAGAUAUCCACAUACAAAUCUCGGGUUAGAAAUGACGGUUCCUUGCCCAGAAGAUGACCAAGCAUCACAGUCACCCACGAGAAGAUCGUCGCCCAGAGGAGUAAGGGAAAAAAUGGAAAUAUUGUUUGCAGGAUCAAACAGGCAUAUGGCAGCAGGGCGGGGUGACCGAAUUACAGAUGUUCCCGUUUCGACGACAGCUACAAAGGAUUUACAACCGCAUCUUGUCGUCAUGAUGAGAUCGCCAGAAGCUCAGCGACAUCACACAGGAAAAAGUAAGCGGCGUUCAAAGAGAUCUCUUGACGCCGAAUACUGCUUUAACAGUAACCCAACCGAGACCAAUUGUUGCCUAAGAGAACUGUACAUCGAUUUCCGGAAAGAUUUGAAAUGGAAGUGGGUGCACGCUCCGUCCGGAUACAAGGCUAAUUUUUGUGCUGGUGCCUGCCCUUACUUAUGGAGCAUGGACAGCCAACACGCAACAAUACUAAGUUUGUAUAAAAGCAUGAAUCCCAAAGCAUCUUCAUCGCCCUGUUGUGUUCCCAAAGAACUUAACCCGUUAACAAUCAUGUUCUACAACAAGGGUAGGUUUCAGGUGAGGCGACUAAGCGACAUGGUCUUGAUGUCGUGUAAAUGCAGUUAAAGCAGGAAUAAGCUACUGUGUCUUUAAGGAUUUUACUGUGUAUGUGCGCGGCUUCGUUUACUCAUCAGUCGAACACAGUGGGUUAAUUUGGACUUUUGAAAGCGGAAAUGGUGCUUCCCCAUACAUUGCAAUGACUUGUUUGAUUCUGGUAAACGUUGGUUUUAACGACUGAUAGCGUUAAAAUGAAUGUAAUUUGAAUUCACGGAUACUUUUAAUAAGUGCCAAAUAAAUUGCUUCACAUUUAUUUUAUUAGAGGAACUACCUCUGUUAAAACAUAUUCUGCUAGCAAUACUAUCGCCUCAAAUUUGAUAUAACCAUUUUAUACUCAUAAAUUCUUAUCCAAGGGAUAACUUAUCAAAGUUCUUAUAUUUAUCAAUAAUUAGGACGCUCAGUUUUUUAAUUUCCAGACCUUGUAAAUUGCAAGAAAAUUAAAGUGCGACAUAUUCAUUGCAUUUGAGGCCACUGAUAUUGUAAACUAAUCAUAGUGUCCUUAUUGAUCUGAAAAUCAUUGUUGGGAAUUUUGUUUUCUCGUAUGCAUCCAAGUCAACAGGUAUUUCAUCUCUGAGGGGUCUUGCCGCGCAAAUUUCUCUGAUAAUUAGGAUAUAUACUUUUGUUAUGGGAUUUAGUUUCUUAUCAGUUCAUUGCCACACUCUUUGCUCUCGUCCUGGCGAACUACUUUUUUAUUAUUAUUACUUUAGUUUGAACGUUUUUUUUGCUUCUUUAUUUAUAGAAAUGCUUCAGCUCUGUAUCCUUUUUACCAGCAACAAUAAUUAUUAUUAUAUAUAGAGUCGCGUCACCAGAAUAAGCAGCUGUGCAUAUAUCUGGACAAAGAGAAUUCGUUUUGUAUUUAUGUAUAGUAUUUGCUAAAACUGUGCUAUUGUUCGAUCGGAAAAUUCCUUUAUAUUUCGCAGACCUAUAAUUUGAGUAUUACAUUUGUUACCACAAAAGACCAUAUAGCGUCAUUCAAUGCCUCCUGUAUCUUAUCAAAUUUGGAAAAGGUUUCGUGUGACUUAUCGCUAUUAGCAUACUAUGUUAGGUUUGAAUAGGACAUAUCAAUGGUAAAUUUCACACCACGAAGCGAUGAAAUUUUCUUUUGCAAUAUGGUUACUUGCGCUAUUUGCUCCAUAUGCAAUGGAGUUAACGCCUGUGUACUUCGCAAUAUAUGAAUUUCGGAUAAUGAAAUUUGUACUCAAUUUAUAUGUACAACAUCUCUCAAAAUGACCAGUUAUCUCGAUAAGAAAGUGUGGCUGACAAUUAUCAAAUUGUUAGGACUAGACGUGGCAAAUAUUGUACUGACUUCCUACGUUAAAUGUGGAAUCAACUUUUGUGUGAUAUAUGCCAGACAUGUUCAGCAUAUGUAUGAAAGUGAAAAAUAUUCUGUUAUUCGAAGGCAACACCAUAACUGAGGGAAAUGCAAAACUGAAUACCCUCAAUUGCUCUAUUACUUCCUGUCAAACUCGAUUAAACCUGCAGGCCUAUGGCAAACUUCUACCGCUAUAUUGCAUAAAUAGUAUUGAUACCCAAAAUAAACUUCAAGCUAUCCUCAUCGCAAAGAUUUUGCGUCGAAUGGUCAUCUUUCUUCUUUGUUUAAUUUGGGAUCGAUUAUAUAUUGAUUAAUUGAAUUUGGCCAAACUGAGAUGGCACCAAGGAUAUCCACUGAGCAUGAGCAUACAUUUGUUACUGCUAAUGCAGCGACAAAUAAUGUUCUAAGGGAGUUCGACAGUUAGGUAUUAUUAGUUUGAAAAAUAGUCAACUGUUUGUCAUUUGUAUUAAAACAUCCAUCCAUAGUUUUGGUGAUGGGUUCUUCUGUCUUUUUCCAUAUUUACGUCAACCCUUUUUUCAGCGCGGUUUACUAGUAUGUUAUAUUCGGAGUGAGUAGGUUUUCUAGAAUGGAUUAAUGAGUUUGCUGACGAGCACACCGUUUGUACCGAUAUGCGUAACAACUCUUGGGUCGUUUGAUCGAUAAAUCUUUUUAAAACGCCAUAUUUUUUAUUUGAUUAUUUAUUUCUUGUUAUUUAAUCUCAAAUGAUACGUACAUAUCUAGGAAUGAAUAUUGUACUUGGGGACUCGGGUCGAAUUUGGGCUCGAAUUGAUAACAUUAGCUGGAUGCAAACGGCGUCCAAAAAGCAACGUGUAUGUUAUUAUAUAUAUAGUUUACAUAAAGAAACUCGUGCUAAUGAAGAUCAAUUUGUUAUAUUUGACUGGUCGAUUCGAUUUACUUUUGUACUAAUUUUUGUCUGAUUUUAAAUCCUGGCUUCAAAUUCAGGUCUAAAGUAAUUUGCUCGUCAGUAUAGAUUAUUUUAUAAUAAAUCUUUUUCUGUUAUUUCGUUGUAAUGUAUAUUGCUAUUAUGAAACCAGUCAAUUGAUAACAAACUGAAAAUCUUGCUCGAAAAUGUUUUCUCGUUGUAUACUUGACUACGUCGAUGAGAAUUUCCUCUCUGUUUUUAAUGAGUAUCCAAUUUAAUAUAUACACAGAUAAUGUUCUGCGAAACUCGAAGAUACAUGCAAAUAGUUUGCUUGAUCUCUAUGACUAAAGAUUGAAAAGUUUUUUUGGGGUGAAUUGGCGAUUUAUUCUCUGUACCAUUUCUCUGGAAUUUUGGGUCUUAUAACUUCCUGACCUAUCUGGCAUCAAUACUGUAUAUCAAGAGGGCUAUGUGAAUACUUUAUACCUAUUUUUGUAUUAUUUAUUUGUUUAUAUAUAUGUUUGCUGAGUGUGAACUUACUAUGUCUUGUUCUCAUUUUUACUAUUGUAUUAUCAGGAACGGACUCAAUAUCUGGAGCUCGAAUGUUAGUUUGUUAUUUUAAUUAUUUUUAUUCGCAUCCAGUCUCGAUAAUAUUAUUAAAAUUUCAUUUUGCAA